ACCUUCUGCAUUGCCAGGGAUGCAGCUGUGGAAAAAAAAAAAAAUUGACUCUGUGUUUCCCAUAGCAUCCUGGUGAGAGGGCAUGGAGCCCGCUGGAAUCUGAGUGCUCAGCAGUGCCGGAGCAGAGCGUGUUCAAUGAGAGGAGACAGGGAACAGAGGAUCUGUGGAAAGGUAUCUGAAUUCCCCCAUGAGAAGUGUCCUCCCAGCCUCUCAUGCACACCCCUACCUGUCCAUGGGUAGCACCAGCUUAACUGAUGUCCUGAAGAGCAUUCCUCACCAUGGAUAGUUCACCCAAACUGACUGGCGAGACGCUGAUUGUCCAUCACAUUCCCCUGGUGCAUUGCCAGGUCCCUGAUAGACAGUGCUGCUCCGUGAGCAAAAGGACCAACCCCUUCUGCCAGCCAGAGCUAGGCAUUACACAGACCUCUGCCCUUCCGGACAGAGACCUUUCACAAACUGACUCCUUGGCGUACAGCAGCUUUCUCCAGGCCUCUGAAACCUUAGCAGAGGCCUCAGACAACAAAGAAGGCAAAGCGAGGGACUUGAUUGUCCAUAGUGUCAGUAAUCAACACAACCCUUUCCUGCUGAACGAGGGUGAAGACCUCAGCAUCUUUGGGGAUAACUUGGGUCAAAAAUCUUUCCACCUUCACAACUCCCUUGUGGCUGGCAAACCUCCCUUUCAUCUGCAUGAGCUGGCCUUGCCCCCUUUCCACCUCCAUGACUCCAACCACGUUGUGAAAUCCUGGAACAUGGUCAGCCGGUCUGGUGUGGUAGAUGGGCAAGAGGACAAAAUCAGCAGUGACGAUGUCCAGAAGAGGAACAAUGCGAACCAGUGCCACCAGGCCUCGGAACGCAUGGAGCUGGAUGAAUGCAGCUGCCAUUGUGGCAGCUCCUCCAGCUUCUCUUUUGAUGGUGGCGACCAGGAGUGGAACCAGAACAUGGGUGAAUCACUGAGAAAUCAGGAUGCCCUGCACAGACGGACAUGCAGCUGUUCCAGCUCAGAGCUCCAGCAUUGUCACUGCUACAGUUCAUCAAGUCAGUCUGAAGUGAUUGACCAACAGAUGGGCUACAUAAGUGACUCUUCCUGCAACAGCUCCAAUGGGGUGCUGGUGAACUUCAGUGCUCUCUACAACAAAAUGAAUGGCCAUUCUCGAUCUAACCUGAAUUCAGCCAACCUGUCCUGUGACUCUUCCUUCUGCAGCCACUCAGACACAGGAGCUUUUUACCUGGAUUUGCAUUCAUCACCCACAGAAUCCAAGAUGUCUUGUGAGUCACAUCACCCAGAGAGUUCAGGGAAGGUGUGUGGGUGUCAACACUCCUCCUCACCUGUCCUUGAUGCUAACUGUAACUCCUACCACCUCCACUGUGAGCCUUGCACUUCGGAGAGCUCAGAUCUCACUGCCUGCUUCCAGAGCCAAGCACGGCUUGUUGUGGCUACUCAGAAUUAUUAUAAGUUAGUCACAUGUGACUUGUCUUCCCAGUCAUCCCCCAGCCCAGCAGGAUCUUCCAUAACUAGCUGCUCGGAAGACCAUACCAAAGGUAGCCCAGCCCAGCCCACUGAAUACUAUCUGUUUAGAAGGCCUGACCUGAGACAAGAAGAAAGGAAUGUGGAGUGCAGUGAAGAGGAGGCAAAGGGAGAAGCCGCCCAGAACAUGACUGAAGGUCAGGUCUAUGUGAAUGUGUCACCACCUAACCUCAACACAAGCUGGCAGCGCUCCAGGAGCUAUGAUCAGAACCUGGACAGGAGUCCUAGCAGCAGGCUGGGCUCUUUGGAGCGCAUGGUGAGCUGUCCGAUCAAGCUGAGUGAAAGUCCAGCAAUAGCCAUCCAGAGUUCACCCCCGAAGCAAGUGACAUCUUUUGCUGAACUGGCUAAAGGCAGGAAAAAGAAUGGCACCUCCCCACCUCUCCGGUCCAGUGGCGAUUCCUCCUUGGAGUUCUCCCCUAUCCCCGAGACACAGUGGGAUUGCCCAACCUUCCUUGAAGAAAGAGCUUGCCGCAGCCAGAGUCUUCUACCCAUGCCCUUUGUCCACAGCCUGAACCGGAGCUGUAAGGACUUCUGUUUGAAUCACGCUUUUGGGGACAGCCAGGCUUUGUGUUCCACCAAAGGCUCAGGCUCCAGUGAGACCGUCCCCAGUGGGCAUGGGGAAGGUGGUGGCACAGACUGCAAACCUGUGGUACGCUACAGCAAGGACCAGCGUCCCACGACUCUGCCUAUCCAGCCCUUUGUUUUCCAGCACCAUUUCAGCAAGCCACCCAAGGCCCAUGCUCUGCGCAGCCAUUUUGCCUCCAGCCUUUCCCAACUCUACAGCUUGUCCAGCAACUGGCCUGCCAGCCAGCAGAUCUCCUCCAGUUCCCAGUCCUCAGCCUUGGCCGCCUCAGCAGAGCAAUCAGUGGCAGCGGGGAGCCAAGCCCACAGCACGCUCCUGACCCAAUGCUCAGUGGAUGGAGCUGCCUCCUGCAAUGAUGGCUGCAUUAAGAAGCCUGCCCCUGAGACAACCCGUCCACCCCCCCUGGGGAGUUACUCUCCUGUGCGAUGCAACGUGCCUUUCUUUCAAAGCGUGGACUCCUCUUCCUCAUCUACCACAGAGAGGGCUGGAGAGAGCCAGCCUCCCAGGAGCAGAUCCUGCCCCAUCUCUGCCAGCCUGCUUCCCAUGAGGUCUUCCCCUGCCAUCAGUGCCACGCAGCCCUCCCAAGCCACCAAAGCUGAUGCCCUGAGGCAAAAGGAGAAUCCCAAGCCUGUUCCCAAGAAGGAGGCAUCUCUGGAGCCAAGCCCACCGCUCUCCGAGUACCGACUCCACAGUGGGUCCUUCCUGCCCCUCUCAGUGGAUGGUAUGCCUGUGAGCAGAGUAGGAGGCCAUGCAGAUCCCCACUGGAGGAGUAGCAGUGAGACCAGCAGCUCUGGUCCCCUGAGCAGCAUGGGAAUAUGGCCCCUCAAUGCAAAUCACCUCUCCCCCCAAGCACUGAAGUGGCGGGAGUACAGGCAGAGGAACCCCCUGGGUCUGGACCACCUUUCGGGGCUGCCUGGCUUAGCAGGCAGCCUAGACAGGAGGCAGCAAGAGCCCCAGCUGAACCGGGGAAACCCCAUCUUUGAGCUCCCUGGCACUCUCAACACCAGCUAUUUCCACUGCAAGCUGAAUGGGCAGUCUAUGAGGCAACACCAGCUUACCUACAUUGACAUCUUCCCUGACUACUUCUCACUAGCAGAGAAACCCCCCACUGAGUUCUGCCUCUCCCCAGAUGGCAACACAGAGUCCAUCUCCAUCGACCUGCUGCAGAAGAAGGGUCUGGUGAAGGCAAUCAACACUGCUGUUGACCUGAUUGUGGCUCACUUUGGAACCAGCAGGGAUCCAGGGGUGAAGGCCAAACUUGGGAAUAGCUCCGUGAGCCCCAACGUGGGGCAUCUCAUCCUGAAAUACCUGUGCCCUGCUGUCCGGGACAUCCUGAGUGACGGGCUCAAGGCUUAUGUCCUGGACAUGAUCAUUGGCCAGAGGAGGAACAUCCCCUGGAGCAUGGUGGAGGCAUCCACCCAGCUAGGCCCCUCUACCAAGUUGCUGCACAGCCUCUAUAGCAAGAUCAGCCAGUACACAGAGCUCACCAACCACACCAUGAGGUUCAAUGCAUUCAUCUUUGGCCUCCUCAAUAUCCGGUCCUUGGAGUUCUGGUUCAACCACCUCUUCAACCAUGAAGAUAUCAUCCUGGCACACUAUCAGCCAGUAGGCUUCUUGUGCCUGUCUCAUAGUGUGUGCCAGCCUCUUUUUGAGGAGCUCCUGCUCCUGCUCCAGCCUCUCUCCCUGCUACCCUUUAACCUAGACCUCCUUUUUGAACAUCACCUGAUGCAGAUGAGCAAAGAGCAGCAGCAGCAAAAGGAGCUGCUGCGUGUGAAGCAGGACCUGCUGCUUUCCACACACUCCACCCUGCAGCUGAUGCGGAUGCGGGGCAGCAGUGAGGAUCCUUACGACUGCAGCACUGCCCCUGAAGCAUGCAAAGUGGGUGCCAGAGAUGAUGACAUCUCACCAGGCUACAGCCCCCAGCAAGCUGCAAGUGAGAGGGUCAAGGGGGUGGGGGCCUCCUGCGGAGAUGGCAACAGGGAGGAAGAGCAGAGGAAGGUACGAGAGAGCACGUGGGAGGGGAAGAAGGAUAAGCAGGCAGGCUGGUGGUACCAGCUCAUGCAGAGCUCUCAGAUUUACAUCGAGGGCUCAGCCGAAGGCUCGAAGUUCAUCCGCUAUGAGAAGAAGGCGGCAGCUUUGAACGCUGUGCCCAGGUCAGCGGAGACCCGCAAGGCACCAUCCCCCCGUGAAGGGGUGGUAGAGGGUGCAGAGGCUGAGGGUACCUUGGAGGAGAGGCCCAAGGCUGCCAGCAAGCCAAGUCCUGAAGCUGUGGAAGAGCCCUUGGAAAAGCCCCAGCAGGUACUGGUCGGCGAAGAGGUGAAGGAAUGGAGCUGGCCCUUCUGGAUGGGCAGCCCCCCAGACUCGGUGCUUACAGAGCUGAAGCACAGCAAGGAAAAGGAGACUGGGACUCAGCAAAGAGUGGGAGUAGCAGUAGCAGCCCCCCAAGAGGAGAGCAGCAUCAGUGCAUCAAAGGGCAGCCAGCCCAUCAAGUGGGGGCACUUGUUUGGGUCCAGGAAGGUGCAAAAAGAGCCCAGGCAGCCUAACAGGUUGCCCUCCAGCUGGCUGAGCUUGGACAAGUCCAUGUUCCAGCUGGUGGCCCAGAUGGUCGGGGCAAGCAUGUGGCAAGAAGCAGCCCCUGAGUUGGAGCCCCCCCAGCCAGAGCCACCUGAAGUGCCCCCCAAGGCAUGGCCAGCCUGGGGGCUGUCUGCCCACUCUCCCUGUGAAGUGAAAGCUCUUUGCCAUCACAUUGCCACCGAGGCAGGACAGCUGAGUUUCAACAAGGGGGAUAUCCUGCAGGUCAUCUCCAAGGUAGACGGUGACUGGCUGCAGUGCAGCCUCGGCUCCGAGAAGGGACUGGUGCCCAUCAUGUACGUCACCCACCCGGAGGAUGAGGACUAUUGACGUGGCUGGGAGGCCAAGCACAGUACCGUGGGCUGCUGAGGCUCGUCUGGGGAAGCCCACCCUGCCAGAGGAACAGACACAGCUUCUUGCUAGUUUCUUACCAUUACAAAAUACAGUAACUGUAGGUGGUUCCUUCUUGCUCCUCCUUGUGCAGCUGCCAAAGGCUGACUCGGCCCCUGGGGCCUUCUGCGAGCUGCACCUCGUAUUACCAGGCAUUGCUGUGCAUGCAGCCACACCAGGGACCAUCUGAGCCCCCUCCACCCCACGCCAUCUCCAGCACCCGUAAGCCAUGUACUCAUACAUAGCAGGAACCCAAGCAGUCCCUGCCAGGGCAGUGCUGCCCUGCUGCAUGGCUCAGUUUCACACUGGAGGGUGCAGGAUGCUAGUUGUCCCCUCCCCAGGGGUGGCAGUGCAGACUGCAGCCUUCAGCAUCCCUGGCAUCAUCAGCCGCAGGGGUGGGAGCACCUUGUGUUGGCAAGAUCUCUGCAAGGCUGGGCUGAUGGGUUGCAUUGCGGCUUGAAGGGAGGCUGCAAGGUAGGCUCCUCCACACUGGAGCAGCCCUGUCCUAAUGUGUAAUAGCAGUGCCUGGUGGGUUGUACUGGGCCAAGUGGCCUGGCACUGCCACACUGCAGGGCCUGGGGCUGUGCCUGGCCACAGCCAGGGGAGGGGGACAGGGUACGUGUAUGCAUGUGGAGCAAAGGGGUGCAUGGAAUUGUGAGGAAGGAGCGUGGAUGUUCAGUGUUACAUAGGUCCAGAAUGGGUAGAGCCACCCUCUGUGGAGAUGGGUGCUUUGGGGGUGGCCCCGUGCCCUCCAUGCUGAGCAGGGAGCCAGUGCCUAGGAUGCCUUGGGAUGCUCAGUGGAGAGGGGGUAGGAGGGGAGGGGGUGAGGGCAGGGUCCCUGACUGGGCUAGGGAUGCUCUUUGGAGUUGGGGGCAGUGCUCCCAGCAGGUAGAGCAGAGGGGUGCUCCCAGAGGGAGAUGGGGAGGGAGGGGUGGUACUCCCCUUGGCAUAGGGUUUCUGGUCUUGCUGAGCAGUGCCGUGGGGUGGGGAGGGGGCGAGUGUUGUGUAUGAGCACAAGGGGCUGCUGGGCGUCCUGGGGUCCUCGGUAGAGGCAAUGCCAGUCAAUCCCUUCCUUACCAUGGUCAUGCUGCCCACUGCGCAUCAGGUGGGGAACAGUGUUAACAAAAGGCCAUGCCAGUAUUUGGUGCCUUGGCCGGGUUGACGCUGCUCUUGGCAUCGUGCCUCGGCUGGCUUCCCCAUGGCAAGGGGCCCUGGUCUUGCAAGGUUACCUCCUGCUUAUACAUUGCUUAGCAGACAUUGCACCAUAUUUAAUUUGUAUUUUCCCCAUUAGAACAAGGUGUCUCGCCUUUAUUUCU